CUCGCGCUCCCUCAGCCCGCUCGCGGUCCCGGCGGGGGUGUCGCCGCCGCCUCCCCCCCAUGGCGGCCCCGGCGAAGAAGGGCCCCGGGGGCCUGAUCGGGCUCAUGAAGGACGCCUUCCAGCCGCACCACCACCACCUCGGCCCGCACCAGCCCGGCGCCGUGGACAAGAAGAUGGUCGAGAAGUGCUGGAAGCUGAUGGACAAGGUCGUGCGUUUAUGUCAGAACCCCAAGUUGGCACUAAAGAACAGUCCUCCCUACAUUCUAGACCUACUUCCCGACACCUACCAGCAUCUGCGAACCAUCCUGUCCUGCUAUGAGGGAAAGAUGGAGACUCUGGGAGAAAAUGAGUACUUCAGGGUGUUCAUGGAAAACCUGAUGAAGAAGACAAAACAAACCAUCAGCCUCUUUAAAGAAGGAAAAGAAAGAAUGUAUGAAGAGAAUUCCCAGCCUAGGCGCAACUUGACCAAACUGUCCCUGAUCUUCAGCCACAUGCUGGCAGAGCUGAAAGGCAUAUUUCCAGGUGGGCUCUUCCAAGGAGACACCUUCCGAAUCACAAAGGCAGAUGCAGCAGAGUUCUGGAGAAAAGCUUUUGAGGAAAAGACCAUUGUCCCAUGGAAGACCUUCCGUCAAGCCCUUCAUGAAGUCCAUCCUAUAAGUUCAGGCCUGGAAGCAAUGGCAUUGAAAUCAACUAUUGACUUGACAUGCAACGAUUACAUUUCAGUGUUUGAAUUUGAUAUUUUUACCCGUCUAUUUCAGCCAUGGUCUUCUUUGCUCAGGAACUGGAAUAGCCUUGCAGUGACUCAUCCCGGGUAUAUGGCAUUCCUGACAUACGAUGAGGUUAAAGCACGGCUUCAGAAGUUCAUUCACAAACCUGGAAGUUAUAUUUUUCGUCUGAGUUGUACCCGACUUGGUCAGUGGGCAAUUGGUUAUGUGACUGCAGAUGGAAAUAUCCUCCAGACAAUUCCCCACAACAAACCCCUUUUUCAAGCACUGAUUGAUGGCUUCAGGGAAGGCUUUUACUUGUAUCCUGAUGGAAGAAACCAGAACCCUGAUCUGACCGGCCUAUGUGAGCCCACACCGCAGGAUCACAUUAAAGUUACCCAGGAGCAAUACGAAUUGUACUGUGAGAUGGGCUCCACUUUCCAGCUUUGUAAAAUCUGUGCAGAAAAUGACAAAGAUGUGAAGAUCGAACCCUGCGGUCACCUCAUGUGCACCUCUUGUCUCACGUCAUGGCAGGAAUCGGAGGGGCAGGGGUGUCCGUUCUGCCGGUGUGAAAUUAAAGGCACGGAACCGAUUGUAGUGGACCCUUUUGAUCCCCGAGGAGGGGGAGGGCUCCUGCGGCAAGGGGCAGAGGGGGCCCCCUCUCCAAACUACGACGAGGAUGACGACAGAACAGAUGAAUCACUCUUCAUGAUGAAAGAGCUGGCUGGUGCAAAGGUAGAGCGUCCUCCUUCUCCAUUUUCAAUGACUCCACAGGCAGCACUGCCCCCAGUACCUCCGCGGUUGGACCUUCUGCAGCAGCAGCAGCGUGUGUCCAACCCACCCGGAGCUUCGAGCCCAGGAACCACUUCUAAGGCUGCGCUUGGUUCUCUCCACAAGGAUAAACCUCUGCCGAUCCCGCCAACUCACCGAGAUCUUCCACCACCUCCACCUCCAGACAGGCCACACGCCAUCGGAACAGAGAGUCGGCCCCAGAGACGACCCUUGCCCUGCACUCCGGGGGACUGUCCUUCCAGGGACAAGUUGCCCCCCGUGCCCUGUAACCGUCAGGGGGAGCUCUGGCCAUCGCGACCAAUGCUGAAGGCCCCAGCUGAAGCAUGGGCAAGCAGGGAGCUGAAGAACCGCCACUCCCUCCCGUUCUCACUGCCUUCCCAAAUGGAUUCCAGAGCGGAGACUCACCGACUUGGCAGUACCCUGAGUCUGGACACUCCGGUGAACCAACUUGGUGGGCUCCCUGCGGGCUCAGACAGUGAGCACUCAAAAAUAAAACCUUCUUCUUCUGCCAAUGCCAUCUACUCUCUUGCUGUAAGAUCAUUGCUUGCCCCAAAGCCGCUAUCCGGAGAGUCCACUGGGAAUGAUGAAGACUCAGAGUACAUGUCACCUUCCUCCUUGCCCCUGGUGCCACCUGGCUGUGCUGUUCAAAAGUCCGAAGCCAAGCUGCCUUUGGAAACAAGUCCAGGCUCACGCGUACUGGAGUGUGACCAGGAAAUAGAGGGAACUACCUAUGAGGCAAUGUUCAACAUUCAGUCCCAGGCAGCACCAUGUCCCUCUGAAGCUGCCAGUGUGUCUGACGUAGGUGAUGCAGUAGCUGAUGAGGAUGCCCCCAAUGGUCCAGAGGAGUCUGAGAAUGAGGAAGAUGGCUAUGAUGUCCCUCGGCCAUCCAACCACAUGGUCACAGCUCGUCGCACGCUGUCCGAUAUCUCCAACGCGACCUCCUCCUUCAGCCGUGCCUCUCUGGAUGGCGAAAUCCUAACGGAUGUCUCAGAUGUCUCCCAAGUUCCAGAGAGGCCACCGAAACCUUUGCCUCGGAGAAUAAACUCUGAACGGAAAGUGGGCAGCUGCCUGCAGGUCAGCGGGGCAGGGCCGGUCCCUGUGGCCUCCCCGCAGCUCUCCAGCGAGAUCGAGAAUCUCAUGAGCCAAGGUUACUCGUAUCAGGACAUCCAGAAAGCCCUGCUCAUCGCCCACAACAACAUUGACAUGGCCAAGAAUAUUCUCCGGGAAUUUGUCUCCAUUUCCUCCCCCACGCACGUGGCUACAUAGCACCUCUCUCAGCCCUGCCUGGAGCCCCAUGAGUCCACCUGCCUGGGCAGUCUCUUGCCCGCGUCGGCCCGGAGGAGAUGACAGGCUCCUUGAGGGACUUCCUGCGAAGCCAGGCCUGCCUCUGCUGAGAAUCGGCCAUCAGGGUUUUGUGCAAGUCCAGGUGUUCAAGCGGAGUGAAACGGAGCGGAUGGAUGUGUCUUCAACGGUCUCAUGUAUCUCUUUGGGUUCUCCCCUCUUUGCCCACCUGCCCCCUUGCACUUUCUAAUUUGAGAGAACGGACUUGUUAACUUUGGACACCUGUCAUCGGUUUCCUUUGCUGGUGGAACGGGGAAGGGUGUGGUCGUGUCUCGUGCUGUGAAUUCCAACCGGAGGCCAAGAUGCUGGACGGUAUCUCCACAUCCCUCGUGGUUCAGGAUACUACGUAUGGGCCUAUUUGCUGCUGUACGUUUGGGCUCAGGCUUUGCGAACCCUAUCAGGUACAGAUUCUUGAUGAAGCGAGAGGUUUCAGUACCUUCCUUCUGCUCCCCUUCCCCCCUUCUUCUGGUCCUUGCUGUCAUUUUCAGCACUCCUUUGGAAGCCAGCCUCUUCCCGAUGCCAGCUUCACCUGCCACACACUGGAUUCAAUGGCAUGGCAAAUGCUGACAGCUCUCACUUGGAUCGGGGAAGCUGUUUGUGCGGGUGGGAAGUAGAAGCUGCUUAGUUUGGCGGCCCCCAACCUCCUGUGCUUUGAAGCUCUCCAGGCUGGGUUGGGCCACAACAGCUGUUCCUUGACAUUCCUGAUGAUAUGGUCAACAGAGCUGCCAUCUUAACAGCCUUUAGAUGCCUUGUGGCAUUCCCACCCCUCCUCACAUUUUCCUGUAGAACUCUAAUUAAGAGUUAACCACAAGCAUGGUCCCUUAGACAUUUGCCGAAGAAAGUUUACGUAGCACCCCCUGGAUUCUCUUACCUGCUCAGUAGUAAAAAUGCAACCAUUUUGUGUUGGGUGUCUGUGGAACAGCAUAAAAGACGGGUCCUUUUUCCUGGCUCAUUAUAUGAGGAACAAAAGUGUUAGAUCCUUCAAAAGAAACUCUCCUGGAAGAUUAAUGUUUGGGAAAGGCACUGACUUAAUGAUGCCCUGGUUUCAGCCCUUGAUGUUGCUUUUCCUGGGUAUUUAGGGAAGAGAUAGGGUGAGACCUUUGUGGUCUAGUGAAAGGUCAGCAAGCAGCCUUUUUUCCUCCUUCCCUCUUUCCUCAUCUGCUUCCCAAGCUUUCAGUACCAUCUGCAGGGCAAGAGCAUGUGCCCUGGCAUGAAAGCAGACAUCUCGAGAUCCACUGCAUGUUUGGGUUCCUUGUUUAAAUAGCAUUAGUUCCUCUGCCCUAGUUAAGAAUGCCGAGGCUUUCAUUAUAAGAGGCCAGAGAAGAUGGUUUCUGUGGAGUAACAUUGUCUUCUCAGGAGGUGCCACCCUGCUAUAUGGAGGUCUUCCCUGGGCUGCAGAAGGCACCAACCAGGGCUUAGCUGGCCAAGGCCUCACGUGGGCUCCAAGCCCCUUCUGGAAGUUGGUGAUGCCAGUCCAAGCUUGCUGCCUGCGGGUGAAAAAGGUUACUGAGCUUGGAGGCCUCAGGGAAGCCGAGGGAGAGGCUGAUGGCACUGAGAAGCAGGGGAAUUGUACAUUCCUGCUGCAGGGACAGGAUGGGAGACAUUUUUAAAAAAAAGAGUUGCAGUGGCUUUGCUUUUUUCCCCACAGCCUAAAGGUUGGUGGAACCCUUUUCUUCUUCUCUCCAGGGUGGUGGUUAAAUCUGUGUCAGUUCAGGAAUCAGUUUCUCAAGUUCUUUGCAAAACCGAAGAAGCUGUUGGUGUGAUCCUGGGGGAAUUGUUGGCACUCCCAGGAGCGAAGCUUCUCGGUGGACGCUGAGCUCUGUGCAUUGCAUCAGCCUGUGUCCGUGUCAGGGGAGGCAUUUUUUUCCCCAUUGGUGCCAUUCCGUGAUUAGACAGGCCAGGGUGAGCAUCGCAGUGCAUGUAGCCGAUGGACUCUUCAGCAGGUGUUUCCUUUCCACGUCUUAAAUUUCACAAGGAAAUUUUCUAAGCGUCUCUUUCUUUAGGAACCACGUGAGUGUCAUAGUUUGGCAAGCACAAGGGAGGUACAGGGGGAAAUGCUUCCUGGGGUGUGUUCAUUGCUGCUUUUUCAUUUGGUCUUCAUCCAUCCCCCCCAUCUCUUACUUUUAAAAAAGGGUUGAUUUAUUUUACCGAAAGCCAAAUGUGUAGUGCCUUUUUAAUAGGGAAAAUGCUGUUCUCUCCAAGGACGAAUCUGAAGCUAGUUUUAAAACUUGACUGCAGAGCCCCGGUGCUGCUCCUUGCGUACAGUAGCUUGAAAGGAAGGAGCCAGCGGUUGGCCUCGAGCUAGCAUGAAUGUGUCCAGCAGCAGCUCAGCCCGGACCAGCUCUCCUCCCGUGGCUUCUUCGUUACUAACAACGAAAUGCUGGUGUUUCUGGCCCAAAGCUGCACCCAAAGGAGACAGAGUGCUGCUGGGAAAUUUUAAUGUAGCCAUCGGAACGCCAACUCUUCCAUCGUUCGUUUCCUUCUUGAGAUGGAGUCUGCUGGCCUGGAAGCAAAAUCCAGUUGGUGCCUUCGGGCGUGUGUAGAGCCUGCCUUGGGCCAAGCUUGGGGGCAUCUCCAGCCUGUGGCCUGAAGGGCUGUAGGGACAGAGCAUGGCCUGCUAGAACUGCCUCUUGGGCGCUGUGCUUUGACGUUCCCAUUUGAUUCUCGUCUGUGUGUGUGUGUGUGUGUUGUGCGUAUGUGUGGCUGGACAAGGAGUUUCCUGUGGAUUAAGUAUUCGGUGCCUGUUCAGUUCACAGAGACUUUCUUUCCUUACAAGUGUUGCCUCCCUGUGUCUUAAAGCUGCAGCUGCAGCUGCAUCUGGGGAGAUCAUCUGUGGUUCUGCAGCUUGCAGCAACUUUGGAGCAGUGGAAUUAACCGUGGGUGGCCAUUUCCACCCACCGACGAAGAGUUCCCAUUCUUUAGGACUAAAACUGCAACACGGGGAGAGGUUAUGCUAAAUUAUAAAUUAUCUUUGCUGGGUAGGAAAGAGUGGUUAAUAAGUAGCUUUAUUUCUCCUGAAGGUUGAGAACCAAUGUAAUAUUGGUGUUAAAAGAAACAGAUUUUCACUAUUUUAAAAGUUAUAAUAUCAUUAAUAUAAAAAUAUAUUAGCAGUAUUUAAUCCUUCAGACCUGUAAAGAGUAAGAACAGAAGGUAAAUAUUCUUACAGAAUAGCCGAGCUUUAAGAUUCAUUUGGGCUAAAGUCCUCAUUUUUGUUUUGCAGAUGCAUUGUUAAUGUUUUAGAGGUUAUACUAAUGUUAUUUAUUUUUUAUUUUUCAUCCUGGUAAGGGGCCCACUAAAAAGCUUGGUGGGAGGGGUGGGGGUGUUUAGGGUGUUUCAUGUGUGUCAAUAAAGAAAAACAAAAGCAAAAGUUUUAUUUUUAAAUAAAUUUCUUUGUUGUAGCAUA